AUGGCGAAGGUGAUGGCCACACUAUUCUUCUCCUUCGUUGUUCUUUCUGGCAUCAGCCAUGUGAGACCAAAUGCGUCAGAUCAUAGUUACAAAGAAGGAGAUAUAGUCCCCUUUUAUGUUUCAAAAGUUGGGCCAUUUAACAAUCCCAGUGAAACAUAUCGUUCUCAUGAUCUCCUUUUCUGUAUGCCAGAUCAUGCCAAAGAAAAAAAAGAAGCGUUUGGUGAAUUCUUAAUAGGAGAUCGAUUAGUCAGUGCUCCUUACCAACUUGAAUUCCGAAGGAAUAAAAAUUCUGAAGUACUUUGCAAGGAAACACUCCAGAAGGAAGACGUGGCCAAGUUUCGAUCUAUGGUUCAAAAGAACUACUUCUUUGAAAUGUAUUAUGAUGACUUACCUGCCUGGUCUUUCAUAGGACGAGUUCAUCAGGAAGGAGAAGACCCAAGUGACAAGAAGUACUACAUGUACAAGCAUAUUCACUUUACCAUCUUCUGCAACAAGGAUCGUGUUAUUGAAAUCAAUACACGGCCAGUGCCUGAUGCGUUUGUGGACCUUGCAGAUGAUACUGAAAGAGAGGUGGAAUUUCUGUAUUCUGCAGAAUGGAUAGAUACUGACACUCCUUUUGAAAAGCGGAUGGAGAAGUACUAUGCAUCAUCCUCAUGGCCCCAUUUGUUCUCAAUCUUAAGUUCGUGUGUGCCAAUUCUCCUUCUAACUGGGAUUCUCGCAACUAUUUUAAAGCGGGUCCUUCAGAAUGAUUUCAAGUAUGUCCAUGAUGAGGAAUCUGCCAAGGAUGAAGAAGAGACUGGUUGGAAGGAUCUCCAUGGAGAUGUAUUUAGGUUUCCCGAGUAUGGGUCUUUACUUGCGGCUGCCCUUGGAGCUGGUACCCAGCUGCUUACCCUCAUAGUGUUCAUAUUCAUUUUGGCGUUUUUUGGUGUAUUCUAUCCAUGCAAUCGAGGGGCUCUGUCUAAAGCAAUUGUUGUCAUAUAUGCACUAACUUCAGGAUUUGCUGGCUAUACUGCAACCUCAUUUUAUUGUCAGCUAGAAGGAACAAACUGGGUUAGGAAUUUACUGUUGACUGGAUGCCUCUCUUGGGGACCCCUAUUUCUCACAUGUUUCUUUCUGAAUACUGUUGCAAUUGCUUACAACACCACUUUUGCCAUUCCAUUUGGCAAAGUUAUGGUGAUAGUUCUCAUAUGGACUCUUUUAGCAUUGCCCCUACUUGUGUUGGGCGGGAUUGUUGGGAAGAAGAACAAAGCAGAAUUCCAAGCACCUCGCUACACAAGUAAAUACACAAGAGAAAUCCCCCCAUUGCCAUGGCACCGCAGAGCAAUUUCUCACAUUGCAAUGGCAGGGUUUUUGCCGUCUUGCGUUAUAUGCGCCGAACUUUACUACAUAUUUGUCUGUCUUUGGGGUUUCAGGAUUUACGCUACCUACAGUACCUUGUUCAUUGUCUUCAUCAUUCUCUUGAUUGUUACUUCUAUAACUACUAUGGCUUUGACAUACUUCCAGCUUGUUGCUGAGGAUUAUGAGUGGUGGUGGAGACCAUUUCAGUAUGGUGGAUCAGCAGGAUUAUAUAUCUAUGCCUACUGCUUCUACUACUACUAUGCUCGCUCUGAUAUGUCUGGGUUCUUGCAGAUCUCAUUCUUCUUUGGAUACACGGCCUGUAUAUGCUACGGUUUCUUUUUGAUGCUUGGAACUAUUGGAUUUUUUGCAGCUUCUCUCUUUGUUCAUCACAUUUAUGGAUCCAUCAAGUGUGAGUAG